CCAUCACACGCUCCACUCGCUACCACAACCGGCUGUCUGUUCGAUUUAGCGCGCGAGUGGGCAGGGAAGCUUUACAGCGAUCGUGAAUUCGUCGUGAUGGUGGUGCUCAUGGAGUACGCCCCCGGCGUCGGCGUUGCGCUGAAGCGGAAGGGCGCGGAGGAGCCGGGCUUGUUUGCGUGGCCCGACGACGGCGACGUCGACGGCGCUCCGAUCUCCUGCCGCGCGAACAAGAUGAGGCGGCUGGAGUGUGCCGGCGGCACGGGCAGCGAUGUGCCGGAGCCGGCGAGCGACGUGAUGAUGGGGGAGGAGCCACCGGCGCCAUCGCCCGGGGCCGCGGAAGGGGGGAGCGCGGUGGUGGUGUACAACCACCACCCGGCCGUCGAUGCCGCGGGAGCUGGCGGCCUGCUCGGCCUUCUCGGAAAAUGGCGGAUCCGGCCGUGGGCGCCCGUGAGCGCCGGCGCUGAGUGGAUCCGUGGCAUGCUGCGCGAGGCGGACAGCUGCACGGUGCGGGCGCUUCUGUCGCGCGCGCAGGAAGAGGGCGGCGCCGGCCUGGCCGUGGUCCCUUGGGUUGCCGCGCCCGCGCCGGGAGAGCCGGAUCAGGCGUCCACGGCUGCCGAGACGGUGGACGGAGAGGAGCAGGACGCGGAGGGAGCGGUGGCGAUGGACGUCGAGGAGGGGACGGGCCAGCGUCAGACCCAGACGGUCCCUGCCGGCUUCGGCGAGGGGUACCUAUGGCGGUGGCCGCAGCACUGCUUGGUGCCGGCCCCGCUGCCGCCGGUUGGCCAGGCGAGCCCGGCGGUGCGGUCGUGGUGAACUGCGUGCGCGGUAGGAAUACGAGUUACGGGAAUUGAUAGGUUUAUCUUUUGUUUUAGAAGGAUAGGUUUAUCUUUGGCGGUGCAUUUCGCGCCGCGCGUCGACUGGUAUUUGCAGCGUGCAGUUCGUUGUUGUAUCGUUGGGGAAUGGGGGACAGCUCGUUGAUCGUGCUGCCUAUGACUUGUACUCCGAUCUGCACUUGUAAUUCCCAUUGUGCGAUCUCGUUUCUGCCCAAAUACCAUGGACCUGAUUGAUUGA